UAAUUUCGGAAACUGCCUGUAGAAUCGGUUUCAUUUUCAGUACUUUCUGACAACAUCGAUAAGCCAGCGCCAUAGCGGCAGCGCGUUUUUGCAUAGGUUGCAUCUUAAUCUUCUAUUGCCUUCUAUGAGCCAACAGUUCUCUCUACUCGUUGAGUUUUUGUUGUAAGUACCAAACUUUCGCGCAGGAAUUAGGACAGUGUUUCAUCUCACAACAUCUUCGUCACAUCCUCAGUUCUUUGUGCCAGUACUGCAGCAGGCCCAGUUGCACUGGCACUGCUCUUAAUACAUUUACAUCCACCGCUCCACCCUCUAGUCAAACGACCAUUAUCUAAAAGCCGUCGUGGCGCGACCAUGGGCAAUCAGCAAGCCUGUUGUUCGGGGCGGCAGAAGGAGGAUGGGACGACCGGGUAUUACUCCACCGAAACCGACCUGCCGCCGUCCUACCGCCGGUCCUCCGCCGCGCAGAUGGGCGCGAGCAACCAGUCCUACCAAUUUAGCUCCAUGGCCGGUACUAUCCACUGCGUGCAAAAGUAUCGUACUCGUAUGAAUUGCAGGCAUGCAUGACAAAUCUGGUUUCCUACCCAAAUCUGCAUUACAGAUUCCAAUUUUCUUCCUGAUAAAAUUUGUCAUGCGAUUUAUACUAGUACGAUAGUACUUUUGCAAUGCAUAGGUACUGCUAUGCCAAAAACUCCCGACCAGAAGCCCGCGAACGUGAAAAAACUGCGGGAUCUGUACACCCCGGACCCGCCGAAGCCGAAGGAGAAAAAGAUCAUUCCCGGCGUGCCCGCCGGGCCCACGAACAAUGCGGAGAAGAAGCAACAAGAUCAUGCGCAGAAAAACGCGGCGGCUGCCGGGCUGAUGGCCAUGCAGAUGCAAAAGGGGGGAAAGGGAAACGGGAUGGUAAAGAACAUCCAAGUGGUCCAGCAGCCGCAAUACGAUGUAUCCAUAGUACUCAUCAUUUCCUGUAGUACAGCAAACAGAGACAGACAAAUGCAGAUCCUGCAAGACAAGAAAUUUCUCCAACCUUACUCAACACGACAAGCUUUAUGCGCUAGUACGUGGUAAAAUAAAUUUCGAAAUUUGUCAACAUGCUUUCUGCACAUUGUGAUCGUGCUACUGGAAAAUAAAUAGAUUUGUGUUGCAUAUCACGAUCACAACGUCUACGCGAGUCCGGACGACGAACCUGGGUCCCCGAACCCGCGACAGAACUACGCGCUAUCCAAGAAAAAAACUUCGUUAGUGUGAGUUUGUGAUGCGCAACUACGUGCAAGAUGAUUGCGUCUGUCAUGCUGGGAUGAAUGCGUUGUAGGGCCCAUUCAGCCGCGUUUUGCGAUGCUAUCUGCGCUGUUGACAGGUUUUGCUCUCAUCAUGCCACACAGAUUUGUAUAUGCUGUUCCUCCAAAAAAGGCACACCUACAGUCUUUUUUUCGUGGAUACGCGCGGCCGCGGGAACAGUUGCAGAAGUACGAAAUGAACUACGACACCAUGCUAUCAAAUGUGAAAAUGUCUGGGUCUGGAACAUUCUAAACUUGUGAUGCUGUCUCUGGAUUCUGAAAAAGUUUGUAUCGCAUGACCAGCAAGAGGACUCCAGUUUGUGCUACGCGGAGAGGUCAUCUCUUAUGCUGUAGAGGCAUCACAAAGCGCUCUAAAACUAAAAAUAUGUGAUGCUACGGCAUGCAUCACAGACAUCAUGGGUCAUGGAAAAUAUGCAUGACAAAUCUAGAAAUCUUCCAGACCCAGACAUUUUUACAUUUGAUACAUGCAGAGCAUGAAGAUGGGCGCCGCGCAGUUGCGGGAUUCCGGGAACAGGAAAUCUGGAACCAAUGUUCCGGACGUGGGCAACCGCCUUCCCUUAUGACAGUGCACAACUCCCCCUCCCCCUCAUUUGUCAUGCAAAGUACCCAUUUCACUCUUUGCCUCUUGGCACUGUUUGCAUGACAAGUUCAAGUUCUGGUAGCCUAAAUAGCACUUUACUCGAGUGCAAAUUUGUCAUGCAAAACCGGCGCUGUUGCUGAUGCUUGUAUUGUCGUUCAUGCUAUACAAAAUGAGGGGGAGGGGGAGUUGGGGACUGUUAUAUCUCUCCGGCUACGGCCAGACUCACACGGUGGCCGCGCAGCAAGCCCAGAUGCACAGCGGAAUCGCGAACGGAGGCGGGAUAUGAACUGCAAAUAUGUCUAGGUCAGGAAAGAUCCAAGGUUUGUCAUGCUUGUCGGACAUGACUCGCAAGUCUGUCAUGCACAUUACUCAAAAGCCCCACUCGUCUGUCAUGCAGAAGCUCACUUUGUCGUGCAGAAAAGGCAAGACUGUAGCACCUCCAAAACUUGUCAUGCUUGCCAGUCAAUUGAGGCGUCCACGUCUUUCGCAACCAGCAUCACAAGUUUCCAGAGCCAGACAUAUUUGCAUUUGAUACGGGAACAAGAAAUUUCAGCCGCAGGGCAUGCCGGCGCCCGGAGGCAUGGGAGCCAUGGUGCAGGGAAUGGGGGUAUAGGAUUUUGGAAAGGUUUUUCCAAUUACAUAUGUGGAAAAAACGCAGUGUCAGUGUCAAUGUAUGUGGAGAGAAACUACUUUAAUAUUUUCAAAUAGCAGAUUAUUGCCGACCAGCAUCGUUUGUAAGUUUACGCGCCACGACAGUGUGAACACUGUAAAAGAAUUUGCUCAACAGCGGCUCUCCACCAUGACAUCGAGCGUAAGUUUACGCACGAUAGUGUCGUUGAUGUGCAUAGAAAACGUAGCACGCCCGAAUCUUCCUCACCAUCCUGGAUAACUUUACGCACGAGAGUAUCAGGACACCAAAAGAAACCGGCUAAACUUACAUCGCUUCAUACCAUGCAGUGUAACGCUACGCACCAUGGUGUUGUCGAAGUGUAAUCUUUGCGCAACAAACAGCAUUCAGAUGUACGAACCAAUCAUUUCGAUUUUAAUCAGGGCGUUCUCGCGGCCCGUCGCCAGCAGGCCCAAGAAACGGAGCAGCAUUUCUCGGGUAUAACCCGCUCAGGUGUUACAAUCUCAAACGUUACAAUAGAAUCUGGAAUUUGUGUUGCAAAAUGCGCAACAUCUGGCCUACUCCAAAAGGAGCGCGCAUGACAAGUUUCGGAGCUCCAAACUCCAUCAGACUCUGACGAAAUUUGUAUUGCGAAAAGCCCAAGUCUCUUUAUGGUACUCAUGUUGUUCAUGCAAGACAAAUUCCAAAGUCUAUUGUAACGUUUGAGAUUGUAACAUCUGAGCAAGCCAUAUCGGGCGCAGGUGAGCUGACCAGCUCCGCUAGGAUGCGCAAGCAGAACGAGCAGCAAUACGAGCAGCAGCAGCGAUAUGGAACUGUCAGGAUCGAAAUCGAGAAAGUAGUUGAGAAGAUUUGUAAUGCAUAAAAUUGAUACCAGUUGGAAGCCCAAUUUCCAAGCGGCGCAUGACAAAUUUUUGGACCGCCGGCAUCCUAUUUGUCAUGCUGUUUGGGCACAGAAGACUGCUUUUGUCAUGCUCCUUUAGCAGCUCUAUCCCAAACCCUAAAUAGGCUCGCAAUCUGCCUCACUUGCCAUCCCGGCAAGACAGGCACUUCGUGCCUUGCAUUUCAUGCAUGACAAAUCAUUUGCAUUUCAACUUUGUCGAUUUCAAUCCUGACUCAUCCAUAAGCGACAGCAGGAGACGGCGGCGGAACGGGUGAAACGCAUGGCGGAGAAGCAGGCGAAGGGCUAUGGGUAUCAAAUGCAAAACUGUCUGGGUCUGGAAGAUUGCGCGACUUGUCAUGCAGAUUUUUGAUGACCCAUGAGGUCUGGAAUGCAGGAACUAGCACGACAGAUUCUGUGAGAUCUCUAUCAUGCCUGUUCUGCAUGAGAAAUAACUCCCUCUCAACUUGGUGAAAAGUGGACAACUUUUGGUAAGCAUGCAACGCAGAUUUUCACAGGAUGCAGACUUAGCAUGACAAGUUGCAACCUUCCAGACCCAGACGUAUUUGCCGUGCAUUAUGGGCACGCGGGGGCGAUGGCCAUGCCGGUCAUGGGGAUGGACAUGGGAUAUGCAUCGCAAAUAUGUCUCGGUCUGGAAACUUGUGAUGCUUUGUGGCGUAUCAUGAGGAGGCCACAAGUGCUGGCUCAGCAUGACAAGUUUCUGAGCUUCUAGGUGUUGCCUAUUCUGCAUGACAAACUGCGUCUCUGCAUGACAGAAAAAUGGGGCUAUUAGGUACGGCGCAUGACAGAUUUAAGAGUCAUGCCAGACAAGCAUGACAGACAUGCAUUCUUCCAGACCCAGACAUUUUUGCAUUUGAUAUGGGAGCGGUGAAACUGAAAACCGUGCCGAGGAACUAGAUCUUUUCGUAGUUUUGUUCUGCAAGAACCGCAUGACAAAAAUCCGCUUGAGGUUUGUUCUGCAAGAACUUGUUGCAAGAACCGCAUGACAAAAAUGAUAGCGAAGUCACCUCAACCGCUGCACUACAUGUUUUUGGUUUUCAUACUUACUCACAUGCUCAGGCGAGUUUUUCCUAUUUUUUUUACGUUUUUCAUCUAACGACAGGAGCGAAUGCGAACAAUUCAUGACUAAUACUUGAUGGACUUCUUCCAGACCAAUAGUUGAACAAGUCUCAUCUUGCUAAUUAUAUAAUUCCAGACCUGUACUAGGGACAGGUUCAGGUAGCAAAGUUUUAUUGUUCUUCACAUGAGAUGAAGAACCGGGCAACUACAUACAAGCAGUAGUUUGUCACCCUUUUUUUACUACGACGUUUUCCUGGUUUAUUUAUUAGGCGCAUUUUUAUCUGCUCUUUGCUUUCGGUAGCUAUUUUUCAAACGCAUUAGCUUCAGCAGAUCUUGGACUUGUUGUAGUUUCGAGAAAUUCUGUUUCUGGCUGCUUGAGCAGGUGCCAGGACGUCGUGGCCACCAAUUUUAUUCUCAAGCGGAUGAAAGUUGCGGCCUCAGAGGAUUCAUUGUCUCCGCGCUCCACAAGUUGUUGAGUUUUGCACGAGGACCUCGGGUUAUUUUCGCUCGAAGUAUUUAUUUUUAU